AUGUAUUCUGUGGUUCAUGUCGAUUUUGCCGAGAACUUCACAUUUGUCACUCAAAAUGAGAUUCAAUCGGCCUAUUGGAAUCAGAAACAAGCCACUGUUUAUACUGUUGUCAUUCAGACUGAUGCUGACCAUCGAAACAUGGUGCUGAUCUCAAAUAGAAUGACGCAUGAUACAGCGUUCGUAUAUUGCACCCAAGAGAUCAUAGUUGUGCUUAUUCGAGAAGAAUACCGUAAUGUUCAUAAGAUUCACUAUGUUAGCGAUGGGUUGUCACGAGGACGACUUUGGAAAAAAGCAGCUUGGACAUUCACUAGCUCUGGUCAUGGAAAAAGCGGAUGCGAUGGCUUAGGUGCGGCUGUUAAAUCGGGCGGUCGAAAACAUUCACUUAAGGGUGGUUCUGCGGCCGCGUUUACCACUGCCAAAGAUUUUUACGCCUUUACGUUGAAGAAAUACAGUCGUGCACCGCACGAGCCUAAAGUCACACAUUCGAAUGAAUCAUCCGAUGCUAGUUCUAUCACUACUAAUGAUGAAUUGACAGAUGAUGAGAUGGAUACUAUUAGUACAAAUUCGAAAAGCUCGAUCGAAGUACGGUGGUUGCAUGCAGACGAAGUCGAAGAAACAUUCGAACAACAUUUGAAGAAUCAGUGGAACAAGUUAUCAGAAAAAAGUGACAUCUCAAUUCUAUCAUAG